AGAUGAAAGAAGCCUUCAGUUUGUUCGACAAAGAUGGCGACGGAGCUAUCUCCACUAAGGAGGUUGGCAUGGUAAUGAGGUCAUUAGGUCAGAAUCCUUCAGAACGAGAGCUACAAGAAAGGAUAGAUGAACUGGAGAACGAGGAUAAAGCAGGCGGCGGUCUGGUAGAUUUCCCAGAAUUUCUCACAUUGAUGCUGAAAUCUAUGAAGGAAAAGGACACCCCGGAAGACCUUCGGGAAGCAUUCAGAGUGUUCGAUAAGGACGGAAAUGGGUUGAUACCUACAGCAGAUCUCAAACAGGCGAUGAUUAAUCUCGGAGAGAAACUGACCGACGAGGAAGUAGAGGAAAUGAUUAAGGAAGCGGACAAAACAGGGUCCGGUCAAAUUGCAUUUGAAGAGUACAAAGAGGCGUUUAAUCUUUUUGAUAAAGAUAAAGAUGGAAGGGUGUCAGAAAACGAACUUGGGACAGUGAUGAGAUCCCUCGGGCAAAAACCAACAGAACAGGAACUUUGCGACAUGAUAAAUGAAGCAGAUUCCGAUGGAAAUGGUACUAUCGAAUUUUCGGAAUUCCUCAAUAUGAUGAAAAAGAUGCAAUCUUCGGAUCCACAUCACGAUUUAUUUGAGGCAUUCAAAGUGUUUGAUAAGGAUGGUGACGGCAGCAUUUCAAAGAGUGAGCUCAAGGAGGUAAUGAACUCCCUAGGAGAGUCACUAACAGAUGCCGAGGUAGACGCUAUGAUGAAUGAAGCUGACAUAAACAAGGACGACAGGAUAGAUUUUGAAGAAUUCAAGCAAAUGAUGUUAAACCAGUGAUAGGGCCGCAUUGUUUAUGGAGGAAUACGCAAGUUUUU